GCGAGCCUCACUUGCAACAACCGUUCUUUCCUCUCUUCACAACUUAAACCCAAUCGCGUCCAUUCCACGCGCCACCACAUCCUCUUCUCCUCUCCGAUUAUCGAAUCGCUUUCCUUCUGAGAACUAUCGCCUCUACUCUUUCCGCUCCCUAACCAAACUCCUAAACCCUAACGACCAUCCCUCUCCCCUCUCUCAAAUCUCAAAAAUCCUAAAUUAGGGUUCCGUCGCUCAAAUCGACACCACAGAUUCCGAUUCCGACUCAUCGUAACAUGUGAUUGAUUGCUCUUCACAAACACUAAAAGAGAAUGAUAGGUGGAAGCAGUAAUAAGAAGAGGAAAGAGUUAAUCAGUGAAGGAGACAUCGCCACUCUUCUCCAAAGAUAUGACACUGUGACGAUACUAAAGCUCCUUGCGGAGAUGGCGUAUUACGCUGAGCAGAAGAUGGACUGGAAUGAGUUGGUGAAGAAGACUAAUACUGGGAUUACUAGUGCUAGAGAGUACCAGUUGUUAUGGCGGCAUCUUGCUUAUCGUGAGACUCUUGUUCCCGUGGAUGAUAAUACUCUCCUUCAGGAUGAUGAUAGUGACAUGGAGUUUGAGUUGGAAGCUACCCCUGCAGUCAGUGUUGAUGCAACAACGGAAGCUGUUGCGCAUGUUAAAGUGAUUGCUGCUUCCUAUGUGCCAAGUGACUCCGACAUUCCUGAAGACUCAAUUUGUGAGGCACCCUUGACCAUUAACAUACCUUAUGGCCUGCAGAGGAUGUCUCAAGAACAAUCAGACUCGCAUUGGUCGUCAAGAGGGAUGAAUAUCACCUUUCCAAUUUCUCUUCAGAAAGCAGCUGAGGGACAUAAUGGAAAUGGGUUAGCCAGUACCGCAGGUCCUCGCAAGAAAAGGAAGAAAUGGUCAGCUGAGGAGGAUGCGGAGCUGAUCGCUGCUGUGAAACGACAUGGUGAAGGCAGCUGGUCCCUUAUUUCUAAGGAAGAAUAUGAGGGAGAGAUAACAGUCGCACAACUUUCGCAGCGGUGGGGGUCUAUAAGGAGAAGGUCUGAUAUUUCAAACUCUUCUACUCAGUCUUGCCAACAGCGAACAGAAGCGGCUAAUCGUGCAUUAUCUUUGGCAGUGGGAAAUCGAGUUCCCUCAAAAAAAGCUGCAGUAGGUAUACCUCCAGUGCUUACAUCCGGUAGCAUCACGGGAGCACAAGGCAAUGGUGCCAACAGUGGUAGUUCAUUGCAAGGUCAACAACAGGCUAAGCCAGUAGUUCAAGCAAUUCCUCGGGCAGCAACAUCCGUUCAAAAUGCAAAAUCUCGAGUCACCGCAAGGAAACCAACUUCCACUUUGAGAGCAGAACUAAUGGUAACAGCAAAUUCAGUAGCUGCUGCAGCCUGUAUGUCUGGCCUGGGAACUGCUGCAUCCGUGCCAAAGGUUGAACCAGGAAAGAAUGCUGCUCCUGCGUUAGUGCCAAAGGUUAAAUCCUCCCAAGCCUCUUUGCCUCGUCCCGCCGGUAUAUCAUCAGUAACGAAUGUUGAGCCUGUGAAAACCGCUUCGGCAGCUUCUUUGCCUCGUCCGUCAGGUAUAUCAUCAGUAAUGAAUGUUGAGCCUGUAAAAUCCGCAUCGGCAGCGUCUUUCCCUCGUCCAGUUGGUACUAUAUCAGCAUCAAAGGCUGAGCCUGUUAAAACCACUUCGGCAGCCGUUUUGCCUCGGCCGUCAGGUAUCAUAUCAGCGCCAAAGGCUGAGCCUAUAAAAACCUCUCCUGCAGCCUUUUCGCCCCGUCCAGCAAGUAUGCUAUCAGCACCAAAGGGUGAGCCAGCAAAGAGCGUUUCUGCUGCUGCUACUACUACUACUAAAACCCAAGUGGCUGGAACUUUGAGUACAAGGAAUGCAGUUAGUGCAAGUCCAAAGCAUGUGAUAUCUUCAUCACCACCUUUUAAUAAGCCUUCACAUAUGGCUCCUUUCUCCAAAGGGCCUACAAUUCAGAAUAUUUCAGUUCCUUCUAGUUUUGCAACUUCAAGGUUGGCUCCCACACAGAAAGUUAAUGCAACUACUGUAACGCCACAAAAGCCAAGUGUGGGAGUGGCAGUUACCUCCACUUGCAAGCCGGUUGUUGUACAGAAACAGCAAAUUCAGGGAAGCAGAGCAAGCCCUUUGGUUACAACAACUCUUCAGCCAAAUAAAACCAUCUCAACAAACUCAGUAUUAAGCACAGGAAAGCCGGUGGCUACACAAGUGGACACUCCUACUCUUUUGCCUAAGAAAGAUCAAGUAUCUCAGACUGAAAAAGAGACUAGUACCACGGUUUCACCUUCUGUUGUGGCUGAGACUGAAUCAAAACCCAUGGAUGAAGCAAGUAAAGGAAAAAAUCCGGACGUUGCUACCGUGACAGGGACCGACCAAAAGGGGUUGUAG